AUGUGUGCUUCGGAGACCAACACACGCUUCAGUAUUCUCAAAGCCGAGUUGUCAAUAAAUAAGAGCACCCCCCUCCCACCACCCAACCGGUCACCCCCCGCCCCCUUCCCCCAACCCGAACCCAAACCCUCGUCCUCGACGCCGCCCUCUCUCUCCCUCCCCGCCGCCACCUCCCCUCCCUCGCUCCAUCCCUCCUCUCAGCGUCCCCGCCGCCUCCCCUCCCCUUGCCCUCUCUGCCUGCCUUCGACGCGACGCGUAAGCUCGGCGCUGAGGUCCACGACGGUGGGGGUCAGCGAGAGGGAGAGCGGGAGCGGGGCGCGGAGAUGGAAGACGUGCGGGAAGAGGCGGAGGAAGUUCGGCAGCGCGAGCGGCUCGGGGGAGGCCGGCAGCGCGUCGACCAGCGGCGAGGUCAAUACGCUGCGGUUGUACCUCACUUGCAUCCGGAACACUCUGGAGGCGGCGAUGUGCCUCCAGGGCUAUGGAAUGACUGAAACUUGUGGAAUCAUAUCUUUAGAGUACCCAGAAAAAGAACAAGCUCGUCAAUUUGGGUCAACUGGAUCACUUGUCUCAGGAGUUGAAGCAAAGAUUGUAGAUAUAUAAACAUUGAAAUGUCUGCCAGCAAAGCAACUAGGAAAAAUUUGUGUUCGGAGGACCGAACAUAAUGCGAGGUAA